AGAAAGGAAGGAAGAAAGAAAGAGUGGGGAGUUUUUAGCUGGCCGCGGAUUGGCUGGCGGAGGAAAAAAAAAGGGGCUUCCGAAACUCCGGGAGGAAAGAAAAGUCUUCUUCUUUUUUUUCGGUUGCAUCGGGAUCCCGCCGGGCAGGGAGGCUGCAGGCUGGGCUGGGCUGCCCCCCGACCGAAGAGGGAACUUAAGAGGCGGCUUUGGACUCUCUUCUGUCGGUGGACGCUUUGGGUGGGGCUCCCCCGUUUGCUCCCAUUGGGGUUCUUGAGCCCCCCCUUUUUUUAUUUGCAGACCUCCCCAAGAAGAAGCCACAGGCGGGCAGAGCCUGGCCCCCCCCCCCCCGCUUCCUUUUGCAUCUUCUCUCCCUUCUUCCAGCAUGGGCAUCCUCAUCAUCGCUUGUCUUCCCCCGCCAGGUUCCAGUUGGGAUGCCCUAAGGAUGCUCUGGGCAGCCUUAGGCUCCUUCUUUUUCUUCUUCUUCCUGCCCGGCUUGGCCGGAGCCAACGAAUACGACUAUGUCAGCUUCCAGUCGGACAUCAGCUCCUACCAAAGCGGACGCUUCUACACCAAGCCCCCCCAAUGCGUGGCCAUCCCGGCUGACCUGCGCCUCUGCCACAGCGUGGGUUACGACAAGAUGGUCUUGCCCAACCUGCUGGACCACGAGACCAUGGCCGAGGUCAAGCAGCAAGCCAGCAGUUGGGUGCCCUUGCUCAACAAGAACUGUCAUUUCGGCACCCAGCUCUUCCUUUGUUCCCUCUUUGCCCCCAUCUGCUUGGACCGGCCCAUCUAUCCAUGCCGUUGGCUCUGCGAGGCCGUGCGCGACUCCUGCGAGCCCGUCAUGCAGUUCUUUGGAUUCUACUGGCCCGAGAUGCUCAAGUGCGACCAGUUCCCCCAGGAUGAUGUCUGCAUCGCCAUGACCGCCCCCAAUGCUACCGAGGCCUCCAAGCCCCAAGGCACUGCGGUGUGUCCCCCUUGUGACAACGAAAUGAAGUCGGAGGCCAUCCUGGAGCACUUGUGCGCCAGUGAGUUUGCCCUGAAGAUGAAAAUAAAGGAGGUGAAGAAAGAAAACGGGGACAAGAAAAUCAUCCCCAGGAAGAAGAAGGCUUUGAAACUGGGCACCAUCAAGAAGAAAGAACUGAAGAAGCUCGUCUUGUACCUCAAGAACGGGGCAGACUGUCCUUGCCACCAGCUGGACAACCUCAGCCACCAGUUUCUCAUCAUGGGCCGCAAGGUGAAAACCCAAUAUCUGCUGACGGCCAUCCACAAGUGGGAUAAAAAGAACAAAGAGUUCAAAAAGUUCAUGAAGAAGAUGAAGACUCCAGAAUGUUCCACAUUCCAGUCUGUCUUCAAAUGAUCGGCUGGGGCUGGAGGAAAAGGGGACAUGUUUUCAUUUUAUUUUUCAUUAAUAAAAUUUUAAUUUUUUUUUAUAUUUUAUAUAUAUAUAUAUAUAUAUAUAUAAAACAAAUAUAUAUAUAUAUAUAUAUAUAUAUAUAUAUAUAUAUAACAGGCCCUGAACUUGCACAGACUGAUUGGGUGGUUCACGUAACAUUUUGGCUUCUUCAACUUUUGUGGAUACUGAUUUUUCUGCCUUCUUUUCCAAUUUGUGCCUUUAGAGUUUUCUCGCAUUCUUCUUGCCUGUUUCUCUCUUUCCCGCCCCCCCUCCAAUCCCCAGUUCAAGGGCAUCCACUGGGGAAGGAAGAAGGUGGGCAAAGAAGUCAAGAUGGCGUCCGUGAUCAUGUGAUCAAAGUCCCACCUCUUUUUUGACGUACAUUGUGUGACACGUUAAAAAAAAAAAUGGGGGGGGGGUAAGGCCAGUGGUGAAGUUCAAAAAUUUUCUCUACCGGUUCUGUGGGCAUGGCUUGGUAGUGGUGGAGUCAUGUGACUGGGUGGGCGUGGCCACCUUUUAAAAAAAAAAAAUUAACUAAAGAAGGUUUUAAAAAAGUUCCUAUGAUCAGCUGUGAAAAUGAGCUGUGCCCGUGAUCGUCAGAAUGUUUUUUUAAAAAACUUCUUAAAGCAUUUUUUUUUGCUACCAGUUCGGGGGAAUACGUAGUAAAAAAAUGCUUUAAAAAGUAGAAAAAAGGUUCCGACUAUCGCACGGCACAGCUGAUUGUCACAGCUGAUUGUCACAGCUGAUUGUCACAGCUGAUUGUCGAAACCUUUAUUUUUUUAUUCUUUUAAAGCAUUUUUUUUAACUAAAAAAGGUUUUUAAAAAGUUCCGAUGAUCAGCUGUGAAAAUCAGCUGUGCCCGCGAUCGUCAGAAUGUUUUUUUAAAAAAAUUUUAAAGCAUUUUUUGUUUUGCUACCGGUUCGGGCAAAUAGGUAGUAAAAAAAUGCUUUAAAAAAUAGAAAAAAGUUUCCCACGAUUGCACGGCACAGCUAAUUGUCACAGCUGAUUGUCACAGCUGAUUGUCACAGCUGAUUGUCGGAAUUUUUAAAAACUUUUUUAAAGCAUUUUUUUUACUACCUAUUCACCCAAACCGGUAGCAUUUCACCCCUGGGUAGGGCUUCCCUCAUAUGGUUGCCGCUGCUAUUUUUGAUUUUCCUGCACCCCACCUCAAUGUCUCUGUCUCGGUUAUAUCCUCAUUAGGGAAUGUUCAAAAUAUGCAAACAUAUUUAUACACUUUUGGGGUGGGGGAUUGUGCCCAGAUCUCUCUACAACCAGCUAGAAAAAUCAGCCAACUGCAGCACAUCUAUUGUAGCUUUCUGUUUUUAUAUAUAAAUAUAUAUAUAUAUAUAAACCUGACUUUUUUUUUUUAAAAAAAAAAUAGCAUAUAUCACUUUUCACCUUUUUUUUUUUCUUAAGGGACUAUUCCCCAAGUUCUCCUUUUUCCUGGAUUAGUUCCAUGUAGAUGGUCCAUCUUAGUCAGGGAACAUGUGAUAGAAGGCAUGAUAACAUUAAGAAUGCUACGUAGCAGGUUGGAUUUGGCCAUGUAACGAUGCCCCUGUGUGAUAGUGAAUACGAUAACAAAUGACAAUGUACAGUGAAUCUUCACUUAUUCGAUCGGUAUUUUUUGCAAGGCGUAGAAUAGAAUAGAAUAAUUUUAUUUCUAUACCGCCCUUCUCCCGAAGGACUCAGGGCGGUGUACAGCCUAUUAAAAGCACAAGACAAACAUCAAUUAAAAUAAUUUAAAAUUAUUACAUAAUUUGGCUCAAUUUAAAACCCCAGAAAUUUAAAACACCCAAUUUAAAAUUAUUAUGUUGAUAGCCCGGCCUGGCGGAACAACAGGGUCUUGAGUGCACAGCGAAAUACCCGGAGGUCGGAGAUCUUACGCACUUCAUUCCACAGGGCUGGGGCUCCCACAGAGAAGGCCCUCCCCCUGGGUGUCGCCAGCCGACAUAACUUGGCCGAUGGCACCCUGAGGAGACCCUCUCUGUGGGAGCGAACUGGCUGGUGGGAGGCUAUUGGUGGCAGAAGUCGGUCUCGAAGGUACCCGGGUCAUAAGCCAUGGAGCGCUUUAAAGGUGGUGACCAACACCUUGAAUCACACCCGGAAGACCACUGGGAGCCAGUGCAGCUCGCGCAGGAGGGGCGUCACAUGGGCGCAACAAGUUGCGCCCAUAACCACCUGCGCGGCCGCAUUCUGGACCAGUUGGAGCCUCCGAGUGCUCUUCAAGGGGAGCCCCAUGUAGAGAGCAUUACAAUAGUCAAGCCAAGAAUUACCGAAAAGGAGGUGUCCGUCUACACUGUAGAAACGAAAAGAAAUGGAAACAACACUAGAUUGUUUCAACUCGGCUCUGAAGGAUGCAGUAAGAAAAUUACUAGGACUACCGAAGCAUUCAUUUAUGUAAUGCUAGUGGGUUUUACCCCCGGGAAGGUGGGUUUUUUUAUUUAGAUGAAUGGCAUUUUUGCCUGUUGAGCAGAAAUUGCUAACAUGAACCUGUAGGCAGAACCACUUGGAAAUUUAGAGAGAUCUGGAGGCAGAUCAUUUAAUCCCUAAUUCUUCUUUCUGCACCCCCAAAUAAGGGAAGAGGGGAGAGAGAGAGAAAAAAAAUUGAGAGGAGCAUUCAGUUUCUUCAAUAACCCAGAAAACAAAAGAGGAAAGUGUCAUAUAAGGACAGUUCAAGAGAUUGAAUUUCAACAGAUUAAUUUUAGAAUAACAGAGUUGGAAGGGACCUUGGAGGUCUUCUAGUCCAACCCCCCACCCAAGUAGGAGACCCUACACCAUUUCUGACAGACGACAGUCCAGUCUCUUCUCGAAAGCCUCCAAUGAUGAAGCUCCCACAACUUCCGAAGGCAACUUCUCUUCCAUGGGUUGAUUGUUCUCACUGUCAGAAAAUUUCUCCUUAUUUCUAGGUUGAAUCUCUCCUUGUUCAGUUUCCAUCCAUUGUUCCUUCUCUGGCCUUUGGGUGCUUUGGAAAAUAGCUUGACCCCCUUCCUCUCUGUGGCAGCCCCUCAAAUAUUGGAACUCUGCUCUCAUGUCUCCCCUGCUCCUUCUCUUCACUAGAGUAGCCAUGCCCAGUUUCUGUAACUGUUCAUGUUUUAGCCUGUAGUCCUCUAGAAAUGGGGGAGGAACGAUCCAUGGGGAGGGGUACAUGGUGAUAUUGAGACUUAAUCAGUGGUGGGAUUCAAAUAAUUUAACAACUGGUUCUCUAUCCUAAUGAUUUCUUCCAACAACCAGUUCACCAAACUGCUCAGAAAGUUAACUACCGGUUCUCUCGAACUGGCUGAAUCCCAUCACUGGACUUAAUUAUAUAUAGACUCCAGACUACUUUCACACAACCAGAUUCUGAUAGAUUCUGUAAUUAAUUUGGGAUUGGGGGCUGUGUGAGUUGAAACAAAAAAUGGGAGAGGGAGGAAAGAGUAUAUGGGUGGUCAGAAAAAUAAAAGAUGGACAAUCCCAACAUCUUUCUUCCUGCCCACUGCUUACCUGUCCUAACCCCACCUAUAGAGUUACAUAACAUUUUCAUGAAAAAGGUGGCCCUUGACAUAAACUUACCCAACCUCAUCCUGGAUUGGGUGGGUUAGCAGCAGAAAUAUAAUUGCUUGCAUAAACCUUCACCCUUUGCAAGGCGAUCCAUCUGGCAUUAACACCUUCCCAGAAAUGGAAUACGUUGUGUGCCAUAAUGUGAAAAACGUAGGGAUCCCAAAGGGCAACCUCAAAAUAGGGAUAUUUCUCAUACCUGGCAGUAUUUUCAUUUUUACUACAAAUGCUGAUAUUUGGCCAUAAUUUGAUUGAACCACAAUGAGAUUUCACAUGGCUCAUGACAGCCAUCUCUGUUCAGCCAUUUACUUACGAUACAAAUAUUGUGCAUUUCUAUCUCUCUAUCUAUCAUCUAUCUAUCAUCUAUCUAUCUAUCUAUCUAUCUAUCUAUCUAUCUAUCUAUCACCUCUCUCUCUCUCUCUCUCUCUCUGUAUCUCUCUAUCUAUCAUCUAUCUAUCAUGUCUCUCUAUCAUCUCUAUCUAUCAUAUCUAUCAUCUCUCUCUCUAUCAUUUCUCUCAUUAUCUAUCUAUCUAUCUAUCUAUCUAUCUAUCUAUCUAUCUAUCUAUAAGGGACGCAGUGGCUCAGUAGCUAAGACACUGAGUUUGUCGAUCGAAAAGUGGGCAGUUCAGUGGUUCGAAUCCCUAAUGCCGCGUAAUGGGAUGAUCUCCCAUUACUUGUCCCAGCUUCUGCCAACCUAGCAGUUCUUGAAAGUCCGUAAAAAAAAUGCAAGUAGAAAAAUAGGGGACCACCUUUGGUGGGACGGUAACAGCGUUCCGUGCGCCUUUGGCAUUUAGUCAUGCUGGCCACAUGACCACGGAGACGUCUUCGGACAGCGCUGGCUCUUCGGCUUAGAAACGGAGAUGAGCACCGCCCCCUAGAGUCGGGAACGACUAGCACAUAUGUGCGAGGGGAACCUUUACCUUUACCUUUUACUAUCCUUCAGCCUUACAUGGAGUUAGAUCAUAGAAAGGAACAAGAUCCUUAGUCUUUUCCAUUCCAUGAAUGACUCUAUCUGGAUUUUUUAUUUGGUAGCUUCCUUUUUGCUCGAUUUCUUGGUAUUUCCAUCCACCACUUGGUGUUUCCAUGUGCCUCUUCCUUAGUGGAUAAUUUUGUGGGUAAAUGUGAGAUAAUAAAUCUCGAGAGAUGCGAGUGGACUGGAGUUUGUGCCUUUAAGAAGUUCUGUUCUCUUCUGUUUUCAUUUUUCUGCUGUUAACCAUUUUCUCUAAAGAUAGCCUCACUGAAGAAGGAGGGGAAUAUAUCCUGAAGGAAUCUUGCAUUCUUUUUAGACCAUUCUGGUAUCUUUGCACGAAGUUCUAAAAUGACCACUGUUGAGGUUUUCAAACUCCAAAAGGCCAUGGCAGCAAGUUAAUCCUCUGCAGAAGGCCACUGAUGGAAUAAUAAUAAUAAUAAUAAUAAUAAUAAUAAUAACAACAACAACAACAACAACAACAACAACAACAACAACAACAUAAGCUUUGUUUUCCAGUCUUAUUUUGAAAUACUGUCAGGUGCUAUCCAUCAUGGAUAUUGGGGAAAAACAGGAAGUUGGCUCAUAAUUGAAAGCUGAGAAAGAGAUGAUCCAACAUAACAAUUGUUUGAAUUAUGUUUUGCUGCCAAAUCCUUACUUUUGCCGUUUUCUGACUCCCUGCCAAUGUCAUGUUUCCCAGACAAUGACACAAUAUUGCUUGUUAUUUCAAAUAAGCCACGAUGUAGAAAAGUUAGUGCAGAUGUUUCUGGCUUCGUCAAUGCGUUUCCAUCUUACAACUUUGCAUCUUUGUUUGUGCUUUCCCUCUUAAAUAUUGAGAUUCUAAAACUUGGCUAAAGCAAUGGCUUUCAGACAAUUAGGUGUGUGUGUGUGUUUGAGGAUGUUGUGGGUGAUGAGAUGACCACAAAAAAGUGCAAAAAAAGAUGCAUCUCUAAAAGAACCAGAGAGCCCCUUGACAAUUGAAAGGCAAGUCUAUCCCCAUUCUCAAAAGUUCUUCUCGUUUGUUGAUGCAUCAACAAAGCUUAUUGCCCGAUCGAUGCUCCAUUUUAUAAAAUUAAGAAUGUUUCCAAAUCCUUGCUUUCUUUUAAGAAAGUUUAUUACUAGUCUUGUGCAUAGUAGAUUCACACAACUGCUAGACUAGACUAAAAUGGAGCUCGAUAGUAGUUGAGCUUACUUAUGGGAAUCUACCAUUAUUUGUGCUCCCUCAAGGUCCCUCAGACCAUCUCAAUAUGCCAAAUAAUAGUUUCUUUGGGUAUUACAUAUUAAGGAUACACAACCAAUGUGAUUUGUUAACCAGGUAAAGAUUUAAUCUGUUGCAUGGAUGAUAUGGGUUAGAGAGUUGAAUUUGUUUCAGGUCCGGUGGGAAUGGCCUGUUUUAUUGGACAAAUCAACCAUCUGCAUGUUGUCACAUAUAGGUUGGGUUCAUACAACAUGCAGUUCCCUAACCUGUCUGUGACUCAGACAAAUGGUUAUCCAACAUCUUCUUAAAAACGUCCAGUGUUGAAGCACUCACUUCUGGAGGCAAGUUGUUCCACUGAUUCAUUGUUCUAACAGUCAGGAAAUUUCUCCUUAGUUCUAAGUUGCUUCUCUCCUUGAUGAGUUUCCACCCAUUGCUUCUUGUCCUGCCUUCUGGGUGCUUUGGAGAAUAGCUUGACUCCCUCUUCUUUGUGGAAGCCCCUGAGAUACUGGAACACUGCUAUCAUGUCUCCCCUAAGUCCUUCUUUUCAUUAAACUAGACUCAUCUCAGAAAGUUCUUCCAAGUAAAAAUGAAUGGGAUUACAUCCUUCAGGACUCCAAUUUUCCUAAGAGAUGCCAUUGACAAGAGAGGAAAUCUGCUCCUGGGAUGCCAUACCUGGCCUCCUUCCUUUCCUCCUGUAGUGCAAAUAUUGGGAAGUCCAAGUCUCCAGUUUACCUGGAAGAUGUGUAAUCGCUGACUCCCAGCACUGACUAUCAAAUGACCUUCAGAAGAAGAAAGACUUAUAUACAGCAAUCUCAUUUCUCCCAGCAAGCAACACAACACCAGUAUGGUUAGUUCUGAUGGCCUGCUCCCAAUUGACUCCUUCCAGUUAAUAUCUAUUAGGGGCUACGGAUCUGAUUCAAAUCAUCGAUCCAGCUAAAAAUGCUGAUGAGAUCUAAUCCCAUCGUUUCAGCAAAUGGUUCAUACAAAGAGUUUAUUUUCCCUGCCCCUAUUCUUUGUCCAAGCUGCUCUCCCUAAAUCACUGCUAUCUGAUGAGAAACGUGAGUUUUUCCCUCACUUGAUGGUCUCUCGUUCUCCUGAUCCCAGGCCACUCACGGAAGGUCCCAGCAACAAUAUACAUUUGAAGGAACCAUACCUGAACUCCAAGAUGAAUCUAUGGUUAUUUUUCCCGACUUCUGCAUGCCCAGAUGAAAUUUCGAUCCUCUUGGCUUCUAAAUAAUCAUCACCACAAUAUAUUUUUUUUAACCCCUUCUGUGGUCGUGACAGUAUGUUUCUGGGGUACACAAAGAGGUGUGAGAUUGAAGGAGGCUUGGCAUAUUGAAGGCAAAUCAGACAGAUUGUUCAAAGUCGUUGCUAAGAAAGGGGGUGACAUUUAAAGGGGGACAGGAAGAGGACUUGAAUAGAAAGCUGUGCUUGACUCUUAACUUGGCAUUCAAGGAAUCACACUUUCCGUCCGCGGAAAUUCCAGGGAGAAAGGAGAUAUGAGCCAAGUUAUAAUGGCGGGAUUCAAUUGUUUUUACUACCGGUUCUGUGGGCGUGGCUUGGUGGGCGUGGCAUGGUUUGGUGGGUGUGGCAGGGGAAGGAUACUGUAAAAUCUCCAUUCCCUCCCCACUCUAGAGGAAGGAUACUGUAAAAUCUCCAUUCCCUCCCCACUCCAGGGGAAGAAUACUGUAAAAUCUCCAUUCCCUCCCUACUCCAGGGGAAGAAUACUGUAAAAUCUCCAUUCCCUCCCCACUCCAGGGGAUGUUACUGCAAAAUCCGCAUUGCCUCCAGAUCAGCUGGGACUCAGGAGGCAGAGAACAGAUGGGGGCGGGGCCAGUCAGAGGUGGUAUUUAUCGGUUCUCCGAACUACUCAAAAUUUCCGCUUCCGGUUCGCCAGAACUGGUCAGAACCUGCUGAAACCCACCUCUGGGGUAGGUGCUUGAUACCUACGGCUUGUGAUUUGAUUCGUUGGUUAACUUCUCUACCGUGCUAAUGAAAACAACUACCCCAAUUCGAUUUCGAUGGCAUGUUUAGCUGCCAGCAAAGUCUGGAUCAACUUCCUCUUAUGUUGUGUCAACCCUGGGAAAUAAAGCCCCUGCUUUUCAUUUUCAAACAGGAAUGCAUAUUUGUAUCGAAUUAAAACUGCUUAUCUGCCGUUUCUGCCUACGACUUUGGAGAGAGCAAGUAUGCGUGUUUGUUUUUCUAGAGUGUUUCCUCAAUUAUGUAUUCAUUUAACUAAAAUUGCUGAAUUAACCAGUC